AUGCCUAGGAUCCGAAAUGACCCUAAUCUAAACAUCUGCCUGGAUUAUGCUUCUGUACCGUUUGCAGCCGCACGAAACCAGAUCAUUAAUGAAAACGUUUCGGAAGUACAGGCUGUGCAGAUCCUUCAAAACAUAUGGGAGGUGGCUAACGAUGUCGAGAAGGUGCUCUGGCGAGAGCAACUCGAAGUCGACAGGGAACAACUUCAACAACAGCGUCUUCUCCAAGAGGAACAGGAAGACAGGCUAGAGCAGGAGAAGUUGGAAGAGGAGGAGACCGCUCGGAAGGAAGAGAGGAAGAAACACAAACACAAAUAUAUGCCCAUCCAAGCCACAGGCAUCCCGGAUGAACCCUCCAUCACCCCCUCAGCGUACACCACGAGGAAACUAGACAAGGGCAAGUAUGUCGAGUUAUGGUACUUCACUAACGAUGGGCUAGAUGAAGCUCUCACCAAGAAAGCCAUUGUCGAUAAUGACGCUAUGGUAUUAUCAACACUUGCAGAUGGGUCCACAGCCUGGAUUACAGCGGCCUCCGUGCGUAACGCUUCUUCCGUCAUCAAUGACGAAGAUCUCACCUUCGAGGAUUUCUGUCAAGCUUGUCCUAGAUUCAUAACGGCCAUAGAGUAA